UCCACGAGGAGGACGCGUACGUGGCCCCCUUCCACGUGGACGCGCGGCGCCACUGUUCCGUGCAGAUGAUGUUCCAGGAAAACACCUUCCGUUACGCCCGCCUGCCGGCGUACGGCCUCCGGCUGUUGGAGAUGGAUUACCGCGGCCGGGACUUCAGCCUGACGGUGCUGCUGCCGGACAGGGGCCGCUCCCUGGCGCAGGUGGAGGCGGAGCUCGAUCUUGCCACGCUCAGCGUGUGGCUGGAGCAGAUGGUGGAGACGCGCGUGUCGGUGCACCUUCCGCGAUUUCGGCUGGAGGACAGCGUCCGCCUCAAGGAGGCGCUCACCGCGCUCGGACUGCGCGACAUCUUCAGCCCGCAGAACGCCAGCCUGCCAGGGCUCCUGGACGGCGGCGGC